AUGUUAGCGGUUGGUUAUGUGAGUCUUUUAGUAGUUUCACUUGUAAACAGUGUUGCUGGCAACUGUUUGGUUAGUGGAUAUUGUGGUGUUGGUCAAUGUUGUUCAGCAUUUGGUGUUUGUGGUACAGGAGCUCAAUAUUGUGGUGGAGGUGGUGCUUUACACGGUGCUGGUGCUUUCCACGGUGCUGGUGCUUUCCACGGUGCUGGUGAUUGUCGUGUUGUAGGCUGUCAAGCUGGUUUGUGCUGUUCACCUUAUGGACAGUGCGGACAGUCAAGUGAAUAUUGUGGUGGUGGUGCUCCUCCUCCUACUGUUGUUGUUAUUGCACCUGCUCCGCCGGUUCAAACUCAAUGUUACACGACUGGUUGUCCGGUUGGCUCAUGCUGUACACAACAAGGAUAUUGUGGAAGUGGUGCCACUCAUUGUGCUACUGUUUCGUAUAACAAUUGUGGUACUACGUCAUGUGGUACUGGUCUUUGUUGCACACGAUAUGGAUAUUGUGAUAGAAUUAGUAUUCAUUGUGCAUAUAAAAAAUCAAGCAGUCAAAGUCAACCAGUAUCACUUGAAGGUGAAUUUAAAGGACAAGCAACAUAUUACAAUGCAACCAAAGUCGGUAUACAAUAUUCAACAUGUGGUAUUGAACGAGAAGUAUCAUUGGAUGAAAAUAAUCAAAAGAUUUAUAGUGCUGCACUUAAUCAAGCACAAUUUGAUCCAUACACUGUCCGUGGUAUUCCAAGUUCUAAUCCAAUCUGCCAAAAGAAAGCUUUAGUCAAAGGUCCAAAAGGUGAAAUUAUUGUUCGAUUUAUUGAUCGAUGCCCUGAUUGUAAACCAAAUGAUAUUGCCUUAACUCAAGAAGCUUUUAUUGCAGUUGCCGGAGAACUUGGAAGUGGUCAAGUAUCUGUCGAAUGUGAACUGAAGAAAUCUUGCUCCAAUAUAAAACUCGAUAUUUCCAGUGAAGCAACACCUGAAACCACUGGAUUUUUCGAGGUUACCGUUGAUGGAAAAUUAGUUCAUUCAAAAAAAGAUGGUGAGGGUUUUCCGAACACGAAAGAUAAGAUGGAUAAGAUCGUGAAAGCAAUUGAAGCAGCCAAAUAA